AGCGCACCCAGCAGAAGACGCCGGACGUGGGCGAGGCGCUGUUGUUGUAGUAGUGGUAGCGUAAAUAUUAGUGUUUAUCCUUUCAGCUAUGGGAGCGGAUUAGCUCCUCUCUCAAUUUUAGGGCGAGAAUGAGUUCUACGUCACUUCAAACAGUUGCCGAGGAGUACUUCCACUCACUCAACCCGAUCGCUGAAAGAAUUUCUGCCGAUGUAUCAUCCACGAAAGAUGCGUACGAAGAGCUAUGGAACACCCUCAGUGCCGAGGAGCAGAGACAGGUUAUCGACGAGACUAUAAUCUACCCGGAGGCUGUCCUAAAAUAUGCGUUCGAAGAUUCUUUGGAGAGACCAGAAUUUUCGCCAAGACUCAACAUUCAAACUGGUGGGAAAUAUAUUAUUGACGAUGAAGGCAGUAAAGGAUCGGGACUUACUUGGAGGGACGAGCAUUCUGCUCCAUUCUCUUGGCUUACACAGAGCCAGCUGAAUUUGAGUUUGAUGGGUGAUAAGUCAGCCAUACUUAAUGCUUCUCCACCUCAGGUAAAGCCAAGGUUGGCUCCAUUUCGUAGCCCUCAUACUCAACCUAAAGCAGAGAAUGGUGUGAAAGCAAAUGGAAACAAAAUUGAAAAUAGUACGGAUUUAAGCAAAAACUGCACUGGCAAUAUAGAAUCAUUUAUUGAUCCCCCAAGGGUUGUUCUUGGAGGAUCAGCUGGUAAUACAGCCAAAUUAGCUUCUGUUAUUGGUUCCAAAUUGAAAUUUCCUGCUACAGGGAAAGGAAAUGGUGCUCAAAGCUCAAAUGGAACAAGUAACAACAGUUCUCAACCCGUGGAAGAUGCACAAAGUCCUAGUCUUUUAAGUAAGCUUAAAAGUAAAACUGGAAUCCUAAAAAUUCCAGCGUCAUUGAAAAAUGUUGCUAAUGGGAAAGGUUCAACAGAAAAUAAUUCCAGAAACAAGAAUGGCGAUUCUGACAGAGAAAACCUUGUUCAAGGGAAAAAUGUUAUUAAUGUGUUACCUGCUAAACACAAUAAGGCACCUGCCCCAAAGCCUCCAGUUGCAAAGCCUAAAACACCACCUCCACCUCCUCCAUCCAAGCGUAAAUCUUCUUGUGAAGGAGUGGCAGCUAUGGAUCCUGAACGCAUGGCACUGCUUGGGGACAGCUGGAGCUCUGAGCUUUCAGCUGCUCAGUCAUCAAAGUCGGCAACCAUGAAAUCAGCAGCCGAAUCCCUAGCGAUGGCAACUGAUUCUGCAUCGGACAUGGAAACUGCAUCAACAUCUGUCCGUAGCCCAUCUGUCACUUCCCCACCCCGUGAAACUGCUCCUGAUUUCAUGGAACCUAUUACUGAUAAUAUUCCCAAGACUGGCUUUGAGUUCUUAGAUAACUGGUAAAGUUUUCCGUUUCCCAUGUUUUGUAAAGAAGUUAUUUAUGAUGUAUUUACUCAAAUAUAAAGUUAAAUUAUAAGGUCCAAUUAUCUCAGCAGUGUUGAUUCUAGCAUUCAUGUGCAGGGUGUCUAUCUUCCAUCAUUUUAAUUGUAUUAAGUUAUUGAUCUGAUCUGGUCCUACAACUAUUUUUUUGUGAUAAUAUUCAUGUCUCAAACUACCUAGGAAUAUGAAGCAAAAGCUAUGGUUAUUACUUGAGUUUGGUGCUUCCUGGUAUGCUUACUUUUUAGAAUUGCCUUUUCAUUAUUUAUUAUUACACUCAUCUAAAUGACUCGCUCUUUCCAGUUCCGCAUAACUUAUGCAGGUAACAUUAAAUGUAAAGUAUUAUUGAAGCUUUGACUUAGACUGGUACUUUUCAAAUACUGGCAUUUUGAAAUAUACAAUUAAAGAGACAUUGAGAAGAUUGGAAAUUUAGUGUUUAUCUAUCGGAGGUCGUACGAGCUCAAUUUGUCUGUUUUUAUUUUUGAUGGUAUCAUUCAUGAAUAAUUUAUUUUGUAAAAUAUUCUAAUGUGUGUCCAUUCCUUGAUUUUGCUCUUUGUUUCAGUGGUGGGUUUUUAAUAUUUUGAGUAUGACUGAAUGUUGCAAUGACAGUUUGAACUCAUAUACUGGCCUCAUGCCAGGAUAAUGUGAUGUCUAGCUUGUUUUUGUAACUAGACUGAAACCACAGAAGCUAAUAGCUUUCAAGUCAAUUGUAUGUUUGCUUUCAAUAUAACCUAGUAGAAAAUACACUAUGCUUUUAACCAUG